UUCUUCAGCUACCGAGUUAAUAUCAAGGCGGGGCGUUUUCUCACAGCAGCAUUACGGUUCAGCGGAUCAGUUACAACAAUCUGAUUUAGAUGGCUUAGAUCCGAAUUUUAAACGGUUUCGUAUUGAAAAUGGAGAUUCUUUAGCAGAAAAGGAAGAGGUCUUUGGCUCUCCUAGUACUCCUAUAUUGGAGAAUCCUGAACAUCAAACACGAUGGUAUUUCAAAUACUUUUUGGGUAAAUUGCACCAAAAUUAUGUCGGCGUGGAUGCGGAGAAAAGCCCAUACUUCCUAUCAGUUGUGUCACAGGACUCAGGGCAUCAGGGUGCACCAAUGUACCGGGCUAUAAUGUUUAAGAAACAUGGUACACAAAAAAUUGCACUUCCUUACCAACCACACCAAAAGCUAACCGUUAAGCAGAUAUUAACCCAUUUCACUGGUAUGGAUUCAUCAGUUAAAAAUCCAAAAGAGAUAUUUACAGCCGACAUACAAAAGGAUUUAUUACUACUUGAAGAGCAAGAAGGUUCAGUGAAUUUCAAAUUUGGCGUACUUUAUAUGAAACCAGGCCAAGAGUGCGAUGACGAAAUGUUGAGCAACCGGGAUGCGAGUCAUGACUUUGAAGAUUUCCUGCAAAUAUUGGGCGAACGGAUUCGUUUAAAAGGUUGGGAUCGCUUUCGUGGUGGCUUAGACGUAAAAGGUGAUAUGACGGGGAAAUACUCUGUAUAUACUCUGUAUGAGGGCCAUGAAAUAAUGUUCCACGUGUCAACUUUGCUACCAUAUUCCCGGGAUAAUCGGCAACAGGUGGAACGUAAGCGUCACAUCGGAAAUGACAUUGUCAAUAUUAUUUUCAUUGAUCAGUCUACAGCAUGCGACAUCAAUCCAAGCAAUGAAGAACUGAAAGUGCCAACGUCCCAAACAAAAAGUAACAGUGAGUUUACACUGCCUACUUCGUUCGAUCCCUCAUGGAUUAAGAGUCAAUUUACGCACAUAUUUAUGGUGGUCACGAAAAUUGACAAUGCUUACCAUUUGGCUGUAUUUUGCGAUGAAAAUGUGCCACCUUUCGGACCGACGCUUCCGAAUCCCCCUCAAUUUACGGACAUUGCGAUGUUUCGAGAAUUUUUACUUGUGAAAAUGAUUAACGCUGAAAAAGCAACAUUUCAAACGCCGAUAUUUUCACAAAAGAGAGAGAGAACCUUGGAUAUGCUCAUAAAAGAUUUGUUCGAAGAUUAUGUAGGAGAUACUAAGAUGAAUAUGCUAAACAGGCGGGCCUUUUCUGAGGUUCUCUACGACGUGCCCCGUACAUCGAAAUUGAAGGAGGACGCACGCCAAAUAGAGUUUGUGCGCAUCGGUCAGGCACUGAAACUAGAGGCUAUCGUGCGUGGCAAUGCACCAACUAGCAUCGCUUCAGCUAGUCCUUGUACGAUAUUCCGCAAACCGCCGUGGGAGCCACAUUGUUUCUAUCCUUCAUUUCUCCAUCACACCAUACUGGCGGGAGACUCAUUCGGAAGCAACGAUGAAUGCUUAUUUAUUGCUACAGAUAAUGGCACAUUUUUAAUGAAAGAGGACCAAUCACUACAGGUUAUAUUCAACAAGUCAUUUCAAGUACGCCAACUCAGCGUACUGGAGGAUCAUGGCCUCGUGCUAGUUCGUGGCGGUUCGCCAACUAAUCGCGAUGCUCAUCGUAUACAUGUAUUUCGUUUGCGCGAAUUUCAAACAAAGCAGGGGGAGGGUAGUCUGCGUUGCCGCAAUCGAGCAGAGGUGAAAGAGCGGCGCAUAGAGCGGACACGCGGGUGUCAUUUGAAUACGUGUUCACGUAUUAGCAGCGGACAUUUGCGUCUAGUGGUGGCAAUUAAUCGUAAGUUACAGUUAUUCCAAUGGAAGCACUCGGCUGCCUGGGCAUCUUGGUGUUCCGAGAACGACACAGAGACCGCGGAAGGUUUUAUCUACCAAAGAGAAAUCAUACUGAGUGAGUCGCCAAGUAUAAUUACUCCACUUGAGGGUCCGACUAACACUAAUGCGGGAGGACUCAUUUGUGUGGGCUACAAGUAUCAUUAUGAAAUUGUCUGUGAUCAAACUGGUACAACGAAUAAGCUCUAUGAGUUGGAAUCGGUGAAGGGAAACCAAACCCAACUGACGGCGGCUAUCGAACUCUGUGAUGGAUUGGAGACCGAACUACUGCUGUGCUUCAACCAUACUUGCCACUUCCAGAAGCUGAGCGAUAGGAAUGUUUUAAAAAAUAACUUUGACUUCCACUGGAAUACUUCACCCACAAGUGUUGUAUGCGCCUUCCCUUACAUACUAGGUUUCACAUCGGAUUCAAUGGAAAUUCGCCUCCUGGUGAAUGGAAACCUAGUUCAUACAGUCAUGAUGCCGGAAAUACAGCUUAUUACAUCAAAAAGAGAUAUCUUCUUUGUCACCACUGCACCAGAAUUUAUUACUAAAGACAUGCACAUUAAAGGUUUGCAAAGGAAUGAAUUUCCAGCAGCAGAAAACCACUUGGUUGCCACGCCAAGUGAGACAUCUUCUACCGAAGAACUUUCACAAAACGAAGUGUUUCACUCGACUUCAAGAGAAAUUCCCUCAAAUCACGAGAAGGAUUUAUCUGAUCUACUCGAGGUGCCAAAUACUACCGGGCAACUGCCACACAUUCACCGUGCGCAUUCCUUACAAAAGACACACAAUGUCUACGAGGAUAAACCGGUUAUAGCUAAGAGUAAUUCCUGUGGUGACACCGACAACCGAUUUGGAUGUUUACGAAGUUCUUUAAAUCCUGGCGACCACUUUCAACAUAAUGUCUUACCAAACUCUCGUCUCAAUGCUAGCAGCAAUAAUAGUAGUAGCAACACAACCAGCAGUAGCAGCUGUAAGAGUAACCAACAAUCGCCAGUAAGACGGACUUCCAAGUGUCGGAGUCUCUUUAAUAGCGUAGCAAGCAGCGGUGGUGGAAGUGAAAAUUCCACAAACCCCAUGGAUGGCGGCUCGUAUUCUCCAGAUCGUAUAAAGCCGCUACGUGUCUACCGUAUUCCUCUUGCCAAUCUAACUGGUGCUCACUCCCAUUUACAUUUGCAUGCAUUUGAUGUGACGGCGCCGGAAGGAGCGGCUUUAUCUACCACACAUCCAACGCAUCAACAAAGCGCUGUUUCUACGACAAAGAAGCAAAAGCCCGUGGAUACACAUCUGUCAUUGGCUAUCAAUAGCAACUCUUUUGUGAAUUUAGAAUGACAAAUAGGAAAGAAGGAAGGGAAGGAACUUUGUAGCACCACAACUGAAAGCCGUCAGUGUAAAACUUCAACUAAAAGUUGAUGAGUUUAACUACUAUAAUGACAAUAAAUUUCGAAAGUAAGAUCAAUGAUAUGUCAUUGAUUUCGGAGUCGAUGUGAUGUGUGUACGUGAUUAGCAUAGGCGCUUUGCAGGUUUCAAAAGAAUCCCAUACAACAGAAUGCAAUGUUGCUAACUCGAAUUGAAGAAUACAAGAAAGGCUUAAAGGCUUAGUUUUGCUAUGGAAAUUUUUUUUCAAACCUUAAGUCAAGCAACGACUUUGCAAAUCACACCCACAAUAUAUAUAUAUAUUUUUUAAAGUGCUUUUGUAUAAGCAAGUUGAUUCUAACUGUUUUUUAUUAUAUUCUUUUGUUUUGUUAUAUCGUCUUUAUGUGAAAGGUGUUAAGUUUGGAAUUUAUAUGCACAAUAGAUAUAUGUACAUAUGUAUGUACCAACAUAUAAAGGAUUAUUUUCCACCAAAAGCAAGCCUUAAAGCAGCUUUUCAGUGGAUGUUGCAAAUAUUUAACUAAAAGUUAAUAGAAAUUUGUAAAUCUUUGUAUUUAAAAAUA